CUUUCAUGCCCCAAGAUGUCGCCGCUUUGGUCGGUAUACGUCCAUUUUCUGACGGGAAGGAAAUUUGUGCUGUGCUCCAAAUAAUUCCAGAAUGUUGUGCUUGAUACGAAAAAGAGACGGCCUGAAUGGCUGAGAGCAAGCGCUACUGUCGUGGUGGAAGAAAAGGAAGGAAGGUUGCCCCCAGCCAGGGCGAACCGAUGUUGUCACAGUUCCAGUCACAGCCUCUCUACCUUCCUGCCCCCAGCGUCCAUGAAGAUAUCUAUGCCACGAAUCUCGUUCUUUCGUCGCUGCGCCUGCCUUUCCAGGCGCCGUUAACUAGGUACCAGACGUCGAAGAAGGGAAUUAGGGAAAGAAAGUUUCCUUUACCGUUUCUUCCUUACUUGGAACCUCUGUACUGGCGUCCAAUACGGCGAACUGGAAAGCACAAGAUUCAGAGUCGGCCACUGAGGAGAGGUUUGUUGAUUUGGGAAGACAAGGGCGUCUAUGAUUUUAGCCAUCUUCUCUGUCGAAGCGGUACGACAUGCUCAGCAAUUCUAGACUGCACGACGAGCAGUAUAAUGCAGACUUCACGAUUGCUCACCAGCUUCAGCGAUCACCACAAUGAAACCAGCCUCGCCGGGCACGUUUGCACCGAAAUGAGGCUUCCUCACAUCGAACUGGUAUCUCUGUCAGUGCAUGGCACGCCUACAAGGUGGAUAUAUGCGCUUGAAAAGUCAAGCUGGGACGCAUACAUGCUGAAUUCUUCUGUGACUUCUGGCUCCCCGUUCUGCUAUAAGAACAAGGGUACUACGAUUGUUCAGUGUAAAUUGAUUUCUGUCAGUAUCAUAAUAAUAAUUCAACAGCGACCGGCUACCGGUGACUUCUCGUAUCCCGCCGACCCUGAGGCUGAAAGUGUACUUCUUUAUUUGGUUCUCAACCACCAUCCCGCCAAAACCCUCUCAAACGGGUGCUUUACAGAGGGUGCCUUCAUGGUGGUACCCCAAUACGCAUCCAAAUGGAAUCUAGAUGUUACGACACAGGAAGGCUGCGUGAUGUUUAUGGCAAUCGUUAACGACGUGAAGGAGAUGGUUAAGGAGCUUUCAUCGUCCAUCUGUUAUCAGACUGUGCAUACACCUCGUUUAGUCCUAGGCGACUGUCUUGGAUGGUGUUGGUGGGGGCGGUUUGUAGCUGGGAACACCUAUCAGGAUGUACGGGAACUGGAGACGGGCAACUUACCCAAGCUCGGUCUCUACCUGAACAUACGGGGAAAGCGCGAAGAAAUAUCCAAUUGUGCUGGAAAGCGUUACAUCAAGAAUUCAAGCCAUUUCAGCAUCCUCCUGCGAACAUUCUCUCUUUCUACGAGUCAAGUUAAAGAUACAUCUUCUUUGAACCACGCAAGGGGAAACUUAGGGUUCCUGAAUACAUAAUCCAUUGCCGUUCACGUUUGAAGCAAGGUUGGCGCCGCGCCACAGGAUUAGAUAGUACCGGGACUGUUGCUGAGUU